CCUCUCGGAUGCAUCAGCCUGCCUCCAUUGAUUCGUCGAGAACUUCUCCGGGCGAUACUUACCGUCGUCGUCGUUUUCUUCUUCCUCAGCCACCCACGCGCUCGCCCACCGAAACCUUAACCUUAGAUUUCUCUCCCUCUCUCUCGCGUUCUCGCCCGGCGCUCCGAUGGCGUGGUCGACCCGGUUCCUCACGGCGGUGGCGUUCCUCGCGGUCGGCGUCGUCUUCGCGCCGGACGUACUCGGAUCGGGGCCGGAAUCCCCCGCGGCCGCCGUCUCCGCCGCCAAGCUGUGCCACCUCCUCGCCUUCGCCACCGCCUGGGGUGCCGCCCUCUGGGUCACCUUCAUCGGCGGCAUCAUCAUGUUCAAAUAUUUGCCGAGGCAUCAAUUCGGCAAUCUCCAGCGCAAGAUGUUCCCGGCGUACUUCAUGGUGGUGUCCGUGUGCGCGGCGGUUUCGGUGGCAGCGUUUGCCUACCUCCAUCCGUGGAGGUCAGCCUCAUCCAUCGAAAGGUAUCAGCUUGGGUUUCUGCUCUCUGCGCUCGGCUUCGACCUUUCCAACCUCCUCGUCUUCACGCCAAUGACCAUCGAGAUGAUGAAGAAGAGGCACAAGAUCGAGAGAGACCUGAACAUUGGCCAGGAAGUCGGAGGGGCAAAGAAUAAGGAAGCCGCAAAGACCAACCCGCAACUCGCUGCGAUGAACAAGAAAUUCGGUAUGAUCCAUGGCUUGUCUUCGCUUGCCAACAUCACGGCAUUCGGCAGCCUCGCGAUGCAUUCGUGGUAUCUAGCAGGGAAGCUUCACUUCUGAACGAAGGCAACACUGAUGCCGUCUGAGAGUUUCUCAUAUCUGCUCACCCAUGUUGUUUAGAUGGUCUUGAAUUAUAUAAAGUGUGGAGAUUUCUUUUACCUUCUAAUGGUUUAGACACUUAUUCGGCAGUGUGUCGAUGAUGACCACUAUUAUAAUGGAUUGAAAGAAGACUAUUGUUAUGUU